CCUUUCACUGCCAGUGAUUUUACUGCAGGAGGCAGGAGCCUGAGUUUAAGAGCACUUUCUUUUACAUUUGGAUUUUACUCUGCACUUUACAGUUGGGUUUGAGCACAAUUGUCGUCAAAUCGCAAUCACUGGAACUGCGGAGCUUGCCCAGGAUAAUGAUCUGGCUGAGUGGUGAAGACGGAAACCUGGGAAUCCAUUUUAGGAAGCUGUUCUAUCAAAGGUGGAUUUUGCUUUAAUCUGGCCAGAUUUACAAGCUUGCUUUCCAUUCCCCCCCCCCCCCGCCUUCUGUGUUUCCGUGGGGACUUGCUCUCUGGAUUACUUCAGAAACUUUUCUCAAAGGAGUCUAGCUGGGUUUCCACGCCCUUGCUUGAUACAGGGAGCUGCUUGCAUCGCAUGGAUUUGUGCCCUCUUCUGGGUAUUGUGUUAGCGCCGGCUGUCUCCAAGCCCUGAAGUUUCCAGGAGGGGCCUCUGUUGUGGAUUGCUUUUGUUUCUAUGGAGAAACGCAAUGAGCUGUUUGACUCCUCAUGACGGGGAAAUCCACCUUCAGCUUUUUACAAACGUGGAAGGGAAUUCUCGAUACAUGUCUGCCAGGAAAUAAAGCCUCCAAAAGAAAAGAAAUGAGUCGUCAGACUGCUACAGCACUUCCUACAGGUACCUCUAAGUGUACACCAUCCCAGAGGGUGCCUGCAUUGACUGGUACCACUGCUUCCAACAAUGACUUGGCCAGUCUCUUUGAGUGCCCUGUCUGCUUUGACUAUGUACUGCCACCAAUUCUGCAGUGCCAAAGCGGCCAUCUCGUUUGUAGCAACUGUCGGCCGAAGCUUACAUGCUGUCCUACCUGCCGAGGCCCCCUGGGUUCUAUUCGUAACUUGGCUAUGGAAAAAGUGGCCAACUCUGUACUGUUUCCUUGCAAAUAUGCAUCCUCUGGCUGUGAGAUAACAUUGCCCCACACUGAAAAAGCAGACCAUGAAGAGCUUUGUGAAUUUCGGCCUUAUUCAUGUCCAUGCCCUGGUGCUUCUUGCAAGUGGCAAGGCUCCCUGGAUGCCGUCAUGCCCCAUCUCAUGCACCAGCAUAAGUCGAUAACAACACUACAGGGAGAAGAUAUUGUUUUCCUUGCCACAGACAUUAAUCUUCCUGGCGCUGUGGACUGGGUUAUGAUGCAGUCUUGCUUUGGCUUUCACUUCAUGUUAGUAUUGGAGAAACAGGAGAAAUACGAUGGUCACCAGCAGUUCUUUGCUAUCGUUCAGCUGAUAGGAACACGGAAGCAAGCUGAAAAUUUUGCUUACCGCCUCGAGCUCAAUGGUCAUAGGCGGCGAUUGACUUGGGAAGCAACUCCUCGAUCGAUUCAUGAAGGAAUUGCGACGGCCAUUAUGAAUAGUGACUGUCUCGUCUUUGACACCAGCAUUGCACAGCUUUUUGCAGAGAAUGGCAACUUAGGGAUUAAUGUGACAAUUUCAAUGUGCUGAAGCCGUAAUCUGACAUUUUUGGGCCAGUGUCUAACGAAAGUCAACAAUCAAUUGUAUUCAGUUCCAUAGAAACCAAGGUGAACAUCUUUCAGCUGCCAGACAUGAACAGUUUAGUAGGAAGAGACUAGCUUAUAUGAAGGUAAAUUAAUGGGAAGGCUGUUAAAGUACAGGACACAGUUGCAUGUAAUAACACUAAUAUAUUUAAAGUGAGUCAGCAGUAAACCACUGAAUAUAUAUAUAUAUUUGUGUAGAUAUAUGUAUCUAUAUAUAUAUAUCUAUAUAUAUAUAUAUAUCGUACCCAAAAUGGGCAUCCUUUUGUAUUGAUAAUUGAUUCUACGAAAAGUGCUGUAAAAUAAUUCUAAACUUGUUUGUAGAUUAAUUGUACUUUUGAAGAGGAUACUGUUUUGUGUUCCAUUUGUGUUCUGUUCUUUGACCGACAAGCCAUGCAGGGCGGUUUAGUGUCUGGCCACUACUUCUCCCUAUUCCUUCUCUGUAAGUCACUACAUAGUAUUGCUGCUGUUCUUGUGUAAAUUUUCUGUAUAUUUGCUAAUUUUUAUUAACUUCAGGUUUUUCAUUAAAUAAAUGACUUUUCUUUUCUGUAA